AUGAUGAUGUUGCAGCUAUUUUUGGCCACAAUCCUGAUGGUUGCUGGAUGCUUGGCCGCCCAGUUACCAUUUAACGCCUACCUGCCCCCACCCAGGGAUUACGAACUGGAGGAUGCAAGGCUUGCCUUUGUUCUAACCGAGGCAGAACACCCGUUUGGCCGGUAUGCACCUGACUUUGUGGACUAUCCUGGCAUCCAUCAGGCUCUGCUGCUGAGGCAGCAACAGGAGUAUGCCCUGGACUUGCCGUUCGAGGGAGAGCUGGAGCAACAGCAGCAUCAGAAUGCAGCUGAUUCUUGGUGA